AGGCAGUGACACCCAACUCCCUCCCUCUCUGUGUCUGUCCUCUCCUGCCUAUUAAUAGGAGGCAUUGGCUUCGAUCAUUCCUCAAGCCUGAGAUAGAGAAACUAAGCCUGUUUGUGAUAUAAUUCUAAGGUCUCCUGAGAGAAAAUGUCUUGCUGCGGAGGCAACUGUGGCUGUGGCUCUGCCUGCAACUGUGGCAGCCGCUGCGGAGGGUGCAGCAUGUACCCUGAUCUGGGCGGGGAGGGGAUCGCCACCACCAAAACCAUGAUCGUUGGUGUUGCACCUCAGAAGGGGCACUUCGAAGGGUUUGAGAUGGCAGCUGGGUCUGAGAACGGAGGCUGCGACUGCAAGUGCGGGUGUGCGCCAAACUGCAGCUGCGAUUCCUGCACUUGUUGCAAGUGAGACAUUUAACAUUGCUUGGUAGAGACAGUGUCCUCCAUCUAUAAAUCUUAGAAGGUCUCCUUCCAAGCAUCCGAGGAUUAUGCUACUAUUAUCUAAAUAAGAGGAGGAUAGGCAAGCUCUAAUGUCAGACAAAUUUCUAUCAUAUAUAUGAUGUUUUCUAGCUAGCACCUCAA